AUGCCUUCCGGGGGUCGCUGCUGGGAAACCCUGCAGGCGCUGCGCUCUUCGGACAAAGGCCGUCUCUCCUACCACCGUGACUGGCUCCUGCAGGGUGAGGAUAUUUUAGAAGAAUGUAUGUCUCUUCCCAAGCUAUCUGUUUACUCUGGAUGGGUAGUAGAUCAUGUCUUACCUCAUUCACAAGACAGCUUGUCGAUCUCUGAGACAUCUGGACCUACUUCAACCGUAGACAAAUCCUCAUUUGUUCCCAGAUCUCCUAUCAGAAAGCCUGUAUUCUUACCUGCCUGCCUCACAACACCAGAUGAAACCAAGGGCAAACCUGAAUCCCAACAUUCAGAAUCCAUUCUACUUCAGUCCCCACGGGGGAUGGAAGUGGAAGGCUGCAUUCGAAUGUAUGAACUUGUACACAGAAUGAAAGGAACAGAGGGCCUGAGGCAAUGGCAGGAAGAACAGGAAAGGAAAGUGAGAGUCCUCUCUGAGAUGGCAUCUGAACAAUUGAAGCGGUUUGAUGAACGGAAGGAAUUGGAGCAACAUAAAGAAUUCCAGGACUUACGAGAAGUUAUGGAAAAGAGUACCAGAGAAGCCCUGGGCCACCAGGAGAGGCUGAAGGCAGAGCAUCAGCACAGAGCAAAGAUUCUGAACCUGAAGCUGCGGGAGGCAGAGCAACAACGUCUGAAACAAGUGGAGCAAGAGAGACUUCGGAAGGAAGAGGGCCAGGUCCGCCUGCGGAGCCUCUAUGCACUGCAGGAGGAGGUGCUGCACCUCAACCAGCAGUUGGACUCUUCCCACCAGCACAAAGACCUGCUUAAGAUCGACCUAUCUGCCUUCCAAACCCGAGGCAACCAGCUGUGCAGCCUCAUCUCGGGGAUCAUUCGGUCCACUUCUGAGAAUGGCUUUCCUACUGCAGAGGACCAAGCUGUGGCAGAGGCAGCUCUGCAGGAAAUGCGGGAUCUGCUUACAAACUUGCAGCGUGAAAUCACCAGAGCCUGUGAAGACAAACAAAAGCAGGAGCAAAAGGAGACCCUUGUUAAACAACAAGAAUCAAAGGUGCAGCAGAAGCAAGAGUUGCCAGCUCCUAGCCAGGGCCCAAGAGGAAAACAGAAAGAAGACCUACAGUUGAAAGUACAAGACAGUACAAUGCAGUGGUACCGGAAGCUACAGGAAGCUUCACAUCAGUGUGUAUUGGCCUUUGAGGAACUGGCCAACAGCAAGGACAGUCAGACCAAAAAGAUAAAGAUGGACCUGCAGAAGGCUGCCACAAUCCCAGUAAGCCAAAUCUCCACCAUUGCAGGUUUGAAACUGAAGGAGAUCUUCGACAAGAUCCAUACCUUGCUCUCCGGAAAACCUGUUCUGUCUCCUGGACGCUCUGUGUCUGUCACACUUAAUCCACAGGCUCUGGACUUUGUCCAGUACAAACUUGCAGAGAAAUUUGUAAAACAAGGAGAGGAGGAGGUGGCAUCUCACCAUGAAGCAGCAUUCCCCAUCGCAGUAGUGGCAUCUGGGAUCUGGGAGCUUCACCCCAGAGUAGGAGACCUCAUUCUUGCUCAUCUACAUAAAAAGUGUCCGUACUCUGUCCCUUUCUAUCCACCUUUCAAGGAAGGAAUGGCUUUGGAAGAUUAUCAGAGGAUGCUUGGCUACCAAGUGCAGGAUUCCAAAGUGGAACGGCAGGACAACUUUUUAAAUCGUAUGUCUGGAAUGAUCCGUCUUUAUGCUGCCAUUAUUCAGCUUCGGUGGCCAUAUGGAAAUCAACAAGACAUUCACCCUCAUGGUUUAAACCAUGGCUGGCGCUGGCUGGCACAAAUCUUAAACAUGGAGCCCCUGUCAGAUGUGACAGCCACCUUACUCUAUGACUUCUUAGAGGUGUGUGGCAAUGCUCUCAUGAAGCAAUACCAGGUCCAGUUCUGGAAGAUGAUAAUUCUCAUCAAAGAGGACUACUUCCCCAGAAUUGAAGCUAUCACAAGCUCAGGACAGAUGGGUUCCUUUAUACGUCUCAAACAGUUCUUAGAGAAAUGUUUGCAACAAAAGGAGAUCCCGGUCCCCAGAGGCUUUUUGACUUCUUCCUUCUGGCGUUCCUGA